AUGGCUGAACAGGCACUGGGACUAACCCUAAAUGCUGUGCCGGUAGCCAUCAAGCACCACGACAAAGUCUGGGACCCUAUUCAGCACCGGUGGAAGAAGAUGCGUGGACAAUUGCCUCUGGAAGACAAGCAUAUCAUGGACCGGCGCACUAUGGAAGAGAAAGGGCUCGUUCUUCGCCGUCGACGAGAUGUCGCUCCGGACGAGGAAAUCGUAGAGGUAGUCCGUCACAGAGGCGAAGUUCUCCCGAGGCGUCCUGGGCAGCGACGAAGGGCCAGUUCCUUGCAAAACGGUCGAGCAGUGGGCGUCGGCGCCGCAGCUGGCGCUGGUGCUGGCGCACUCGCUCAUUAUCGAGAUCGACGGGACUCUCGCUAUGAUUCGGAAGGGUCCGUACCACCUCGAUCCCGCGUCCGAGCGAAGUCGGCCACAGGUCGGUCUCGACGGCGCCGCGGAUCCUCAAGCUCCUCGUCUUCAUCGUCUUCAUCGUUGGCCUCAUCCACGGAGGAAGAAAAAAAUUGCCGCAAGUUACAACGCAAGAAAUGGAUCACAGGUGCACUGGCCAGUGUCGCAACCAUCCACGCAGCGUCGAAAGUCUAUUCCUCUAUCGAGGCUCACGACAAGCGUAUGGAAAAGGUCAGAGAGGGCAAGUUGUCCCCGGAAGAUGCGCAUAAGCAACAGCGAGCUUCACGCUGGCAGGACGCUGCAGCCAUCGGCAUCGCCGCGCUGGGGAUCAAAGGCGCUGUGGGCGAGUGGAACGAGGUUACAGAAGAGCACGCGCAGCAUAAACAAAUGCUGUCAGAAAGGGAAGAACAUCAUAAGAAGCGACUAGAACGAGAGCGCCGACGGCGAGCCCGGGAAGCUGGGGGCUAUUACAAAGGACGAGACGGCCAGUGGUAUUACAACGGGGCUGUCCCACAGAGCAGUUCAAGUCAGCGCAGUGAAAGUACGAGGGGCCGCUACGCCGAUUCGAGUUCGAUCAGACAAUCCGGUCGAGAACGAAGAAGAUUCGAAGAUGAUGACAAUGGGGAGAGAAACAGGUCUCGGCGCGCGGUGAGUCGUGGUCGUGCGGAUGACUACUGA